GGCGGCUUGUUGAUAAUAUGGCGGCGGGAGCUGCCCGGGCGUCGCGGGGAGGCGGCGGGGCCCACAACCGGAAGAAGGGUCUCUCUUCGGGCUAGCGCGGCGGCCGCUGCGGACCCGGAGGUCCGGGCCGGUUGCUGAAUGAGGGGAGCCGGGCCCUCCCCGCGCCAGUCCCCCCGCGCCCUCCGCCCCGACCCGGGCCCCGCCAUGUCCUUCUUCCGGCGGAAAGUGAAAGGCAAGGAACAAGACAAGACCUCCGAUGUCAAGUCAGUUAAAGCUUCAAUCUCCGUACAUUCCCCACAAAAAAGCACUAAAAAUCAUGCCUUGCUGGAGGCUGCAGGACCAAGUCACGUUGCAAUCAAUGCCAUUUCCGCCAACAUGGACUCCUUUUCAAGUAGCAGGACCGCGACACUUAAGAAGCAGCCAAGCCACAUGGAGGCCGCUCAUUUUGGGGACCUGGGCAGAUCUUGUCUGGACUACCAGACUCAAGAGACCAAAUCAAGUCUUUCAAAGACCCUUGAACAAGUCCUGCGUGACACUGCUGUCCUCCCUUAUUUCAUUCAAUUCAUGGAACUUCGGAGAAUGGAGCAUUUAGUUAAAUUUUGGUUAGAAGCUGAGAGUUUUCACUCUACAACUUGGUCCCGAAUAAGAGCACACAGUCUGAACACAGUGAAGCAGAGCUCAUUGGCUGAGCCUGUCUCUCCGUCUAAAAAGCACGAGACCACAGCAGCUUUUGUCGCCGAGUCUCUUGACAAGCGAUUGGAGGAUUCUCGCUCAGCACCAUUGCCUCUGACUCCAUCGGAAGGGACUGACCUGAACUCCAGAACUAGCAACACUCAGAAUCACUUGCUGCUCUCCCAGGAAUGUCACAGUGCUCCUUCUCUCCACCUGGAAAUGGCCAGAACUGGGGCUCGUCCAAGUUCCACAGACACCCAGGAGUCCUCCAGACUGACAGUAGCCAGUAGAAAUAGUCCCUCCUCUCCACUAAAGGAACUGUCUGGAAAAUUAAUGAAAAGUAUAGAACAAGAUGCAGUGAAUACUUUUACCAAAUAUAUCUCUCCAGAUGCUGCUAAGCCAAUACCCAUUACAGAAGCAAUGAGAAACGACAUCAUAGCAAAGAUCUGUGGAGAAGAUGGGCAGGUGGAUCCAAACUGUUUUGUUUUGGCGCAGUCCAUCGUCUUCAGUGCGAUGGAGCGAGAGCACUUUAGUGAAUUUCUCCGAAGUCACCAUUUCUGUAAAUACCAGAUUGAAGUGCUGACCAGUGGAGCUGUUUACCUGGCUGAUAUCCUCUUCUGUGAGUCAGCCCUCUUUUAUUUCUCUGAGUACAUGGAAAAAGAGGAUGCAGUGAAUAUCUUACAGUUCUGGUUGGCAGCUGAUAACUUCCAGUCUCAGCUUGCUGCCAAAAAGGGCCAGUAUGAUGGACAGGAAGCGCAGAACGACGCCAUGAUUUUAUAUGACAAGUACUUCUCCCUCCAAGCCACACAUCCUCUUGGAUUCGAUGACGUUGUGCGGUUAGAAAUUGAAUCCAACAUCUGCAGGGAAGGUGGGCCCCUGCCCAACUGUUUCACCACUCCGUUACGUCAGGCCUGGACGACCAUGGAGAAGGUCUUUUUACCUGGCUUUUUGUCCAGCAAUCUCUAUUAUAAAUAUUUGAAUGAUCUCAUCCAUUCGGUUCGCGGAGACGAGUUUCUGGGAGGGGGUGUGUCGCUGACUGCCCAUGGCCCUGGGGGCCCUCCUGACGACGCUCACCCAGGUGGCUCUGACGGUUUGGCUUCUCAGUCCAGUGUGAAAAAAGCCAGUGUUAAAAUUCUGAAAAAUUUUGAUGAAGCGAUAAUUGUGGAUGCUGCAAGUCUGGAUCCAGAAUCUUUAUAUCAACGGACAUAUGCAGGGAAGAUGACGUUUGGAAGAGUGAGUGACUUGGGGCAGUUCAUCCGGGAAUCUGAGCCUGAACCUGAUGUAAAGAAAUCAAAAGGAUCCAUGUUCUCACAAGCUAUGAAGAAAUGGGUGCAAGGAAAUACUGAUGAGGCCCAGGAGGAGCUAGCCUGGAAGAUCGCUAAGAUGAUCGUCGGUGACGUGAUGCAGCAGGCGCAGCGCGGCCAGCCGCAAGCGGAGUCCGCAGGGCUAUGACUCAAGACCUGAGAUAAAGGAAAUCAGCUUUUGGAGGAUAAGAGAACUUUUUCCCUUUGUUGGUUUCUUCAACACAGCCGAUGAAAACAGAGCACUGUAUUUCUUUUCACUGAUAAAAAUCACUGUUGUUCCCAAGAAAGAAUGGCAGACAGUCCCAGACCUCCAUCGCAAGCAGAGCGGCACGUAGACACACCUGCUGCACACAGUGUUCACGCAGUGAAAGUCAGAAGCAGACAAAGUGGUAUUGUUUACAUUACUAGAAAAUUACUAGUUUUCCAAUGGCAAUAACUAGUUUUCCAAUGGCAUUCAUGGAAGAGUUCCAGUCUGGAACCAACAGGGACCAUGUGCUGUGCGAGGCAGAGGAGCGCAGAGCUGAGACCCGGUGCACGUCUGGUAGCCCAUCCCUAACAGCAGCGUGAAGCAGGUAGCAGAGGUGCUUGGCCCAAGCAGGCGGGGGAGCUGGCCCCUCCGGGGGCCCGCGGUGCCGGGCGCCGGCCAGCAGCCUGCCUGCCUUCCAGGGCGCGGGGCGAAGGCUCGUCCUGCGUCUCCCUGCACGGAGGCGGCAGUGUGGAAGGAGGCUGACGGGUCACGGGGCAGGUCUUGGUGACACUGGCCUUCCCUUUGGCGGUGGUGUACGGUUUUCAUGUCGUAAUAGCUCCUGAGAUGCAGUGUGCUUAAAACCAGCCCCCCCCAACCCCCCCAACAAAGGGCUGAGCGUCCUGAGCUCUGAGCGCUAGGGCUUGCUCCCCUGGGGUCCUGUCCUCCAAGCUCCUCCCCUUUCCCCAGUGCACGGGGAGGGACCAUCCGGCAAGGAUCACUCCACUCUUCCCCUUUGGUACCUUGAACAGAACGUUUUUUCCCAGAUGGUACAAUCUUUUCAAAGAAGUUGGGUGGGCAAGGGUUGAGGGAGGAGAAGCACUCGACUUUGACUGCCUCCCCUUUCUUUGCUGUGCGCCGCGACGUGUGUAGUUCGUGGCCUUUUCUCUGUCUGUCUGUUGGGCAGUGAGAGACCCCCUCACUGCACUCCCACUUGGCCGGCUUCUGGGUCUCGACCUGCUACCACCAGCAGGGCCGCCCCGAUGGCGAGCACACUCCACUGGCCAGCGGUGCCAAUGCUGCCCCACCACCCGUGACUGUCACCGCCCGUGACUGUCGGAGGGGAAGGAACGUUCUCUUAGGGUGUUACUGCUUUUGCUCAGACUUUGCAAAAAAAUAUAUAUAUACAUAAAAAUAUAUAAUUAUUAAUCAUUUCUGUCCUUGAGAAAGUCUUGAAUGAAUAGAGAAUUUAUUCCACUGCAAUAUUUGAUUGUAUAGAGGCACACUGUUUCAUCAACAGAAGAAGCGAAAAGGCUGUGUCUAAGUGUUUGGUACCAUGUACCACCUGUUAUUCUUCUAAAGCGAAGUAUUCAUGUACCUAAACCACCUUCUAUUUAAUUGUGUUUGAUUUUAAAAUAUAUAUAUGAAUUAUAUUUAAAAUUGUGUCAACUUUCUGCUUUCAGGGCAUUUAUGGUUCUUCUAUUGAAAUGUGUUGAUCCCUCCAGAUACUUCCAUUUGCUUUACCAAAACCCAGAAUGUGAGCGGCUCCUGGACUUAGCCUUAUGUUUGGAGUGAAUGGCAUUAGACCUGAGGUGUUAUUAGAUGCAUAGUCUGUGAUUGACUCAAGUCUGUUCUUUUAACAAGUACUUCCAUCCAUUUCAGUUUGCAUCAAUCUCUAAAUAACAGAAAAGCAAUAUAAAGGUCACAGAAUAAACUGAUUUUGGGCGACUCUUA